AUGAGAUUCCCACCGCCCGAAGUUGUCAAGUCAUGGCCGCCACCAAAUCACGUUGAUCCCGAAGAGAGAGGGCCGGCCCUCCUCAUCAUCGAGAGCAUCUCACUCAGCUUUGCUCUCAUCUGCCUGCUGCUCAGGCUGUAUGUGAGAAUAUUCAUGAUGCGGAAGAGUUGGUGGGACGAUUGGCUUAUGGUUGGCGCUGCUAUUUUCUCAAUAUCUGUGACCAUUUGUGUCAUUCUAGCCACCCAAUUAUAUGGAUGGAACCUCCAUAUAUGGGACACGACAUUCGUUCAGCGUAUGCAGGGCCGUCAAAUUUCGAUCGUGGGACAAACACUCUUUAUUUUUGCGUCUGGUCUCUCAAAGCUUUCUAUUCUUACGAGCUACCUGAGAAUAGCCCCCCUCGGGUCCACCUUCCAGCGAGUCACGCAAGUCACUAUUGGAGCGGUACUUGCCCUCAUUAUCAUCUUUCUCAUGGUACUUUGGACACAAUGCAUUCCCAUUUGGCAUUACUGGGACCUCACAGUCCUAGACCGCAACUGCAUGGCAGAAUGGCCACCGUUAGCAGGACAAACCAUCACAACCGUAAUCACCGACAUCAUCGUCUACCUCCUCCCGAUGCCCACACUCUUCCGACUUAGGCUUCCUGUCCUCCAAAGAAUCGUCUUGAUCAUUCUCUUCAGCCUCGGCACAGUAGUAGUUGUGGCGGGUAUCAUGAGGACGUGGUGGACGUACUACGUCGAGGAGAUGACGUACGAUGUCACAUGGGACGGCUUCGAGCUUUGGAUCUGGACAGCUUUGGAGGCCAACCUUGCCAUCAUCUGCGGCUGCGUACCGGUGCUCCGCCGCUUACUUCCCUCGAUGACGGAGAACGCGGAUUCAAGUGCGGCCGAUAGCACUUCUCCGCCGACAAUCGGGUCCGCGGAAAAGUGGCGCCGAAGGCUUCACGACGAAGAGCUCCAGAGAGGUCAUAUCGAAGACAAGGAGGAUGACGAAGAGAGCUGUGACGACAAUGACGGAAAUGACGAUGACGACGACACGAAUGGAAUAGACAGCGACGAUAGCGAAGACGGAAUAGAUGACGAUGAAGAUGAAGAUGACGAUGUUGAGAAUGAGUGGGAAAGUUGCAGUGGGCUGUUUCCAGCAACGAAGCGCACUCGACCCACCGAGCCUAGGGUCCGCCGUAAUCACACUGUGAUGAAGAACGCUUUUACUCACGCCCGGCUCCGGGAGUACUGGUGCGAAGGGCGGCUUGCCCUGGAGCCCGUGGGCGGGCCAUACCAGGAGAAGACCGUUGACCAUGACGAAGAAGGCAGCGUACAAGCUUCUUCGACCGCUGAAACAUCGCCAGAGUCAACCAGGCAGGACGAGCCUCGUACAAAGAGACUGAAGGUCGACACGGGCGGCUUGUGGUGCCAGAAAAUACGCUUUCACUGGAUGAGGCAGAUCCGGAGCUUGAAAAUGGAGCAUAUGAAGGAAAUUAGUCCCUAUACGGAUCCAUGUACUCUCCUUCCGGUUCAUUUUCGAAUGCCCUGCGGCCCUCCUGAUGGGGAGAUUGUCACUAUAAAGGCGGAGCACAAGCUCGAUCUGCCAGACCAGGAUAUCCUGAUGUUGCAGUUUCUGCUGAUCACGGGCUGGGCGAUGGCCGCAGGGUGA